AUGCUGAGAAAACGUAACAGAAGGAAGGUGUUUAAUUACGUCAAGGAUGGAUUAAGAAAUGCCACUACUCACGGCCUAUCUUACAUUGUUAAUGAUCGCAUUCAUCCAUUUGAAAGAAUAUUUUGGAUGAUCGGCUUUUUAAUAGCGCUUCUGCUCAUCGUGAUUCUUCUUACAAUUCAGUUUUCCAGGUAUAUCGAAGCCCCAACAGUCAUAAGUGUGGACAUGGACUACUUUGAUUGGAACAUUUCAUUUCCGGCUGUCACGCUUUGUCCAUUUUAUAAAGUUAUUAUUCCUAAACUAAAGGCUUUAUCCAGACGAAAAUUCAAUGAAACAGGCACAUUGGAGCCCAGAGAUUAUGCGAAAAUCGCGAUGUCGAUGUUUCCGAAUUUUAAUGCCACAGUGGAUACAAAAACGAAUCAAAACAUUUCAAUAGUUACAGCGAUGACCGAAAUGGGAUUGUGUUAUGUUCUUAAUUCAAAUGUUGCUAUUUUCGACGAUCCCAACCCCGAUGAAAUAAUCACCAGUACCACACCAUCCUACAAUAUCGAUAUAGAAGCUGCCGUGUCUUUUGGUUUGUCUGUUUGGACAACGAGAAUUUCAGACGAGUUGCGAGUGACAUCACUACGUAUUAGAAAAUGCAGGUUUAUCAACGAAGCUACCAACGACAGAUAUCCAAUUUACUCCUACAGCCAUUGUCUUUUGGAAUGCAGAAUAAAUGUUAUAAAAACAUUAUGCGGUUGUAUACCACAUUUUUAUAAGCCUUUAGCUCAUGAGACGAUAUGUCAUAUCAGACAAUUGAAAUGCCUGAAUCGUUAUAAAAGAGAAAUUUUAACUCUAUCAACGGAAUCAAUAAAUUUAAAUGGUUUGCCGUCCAGUUCUCGAGACUGUGGCUGCCUAAACACUUGUGAAUUAGAUCAGUACCUUAAAGAUAGAGAAGACUUCACAACCGAAACAUCUGUUACGACAUUGGACAUUGGUAUAACAUCGUUUCCUAAAGUGCGCGUUGUCAGAGACAUCAUCAUUCAUUUUUAUGACAUUCUGUUGCGCAGUGGAGGCGUUAUUAACUUAUGUAUCGGCAGCUCUAUAAUAUCUCUAAUGGAAAUACUUGUAACGUUUAUUAAAACGUGUAAUUACCUUUUAUUUUAA